AUGCUCGCGGCGGGACGGCGGGCGGCGGCCGGCGGGCGCGGCGGGGCGGGCGGGCGCCGGCGGGCGGCGGCGGGGCGGGCGCGGUCUCGGGCCCGCCGCCGCCCGCCGCGCGUGUGGACGGUGCGAGCGGCUGCGCGUCGGCCGGCGAGUGUGCGGCGGGCGGGCCGCGGGCCGGCGCGGCCGAGCGACGGCAGGACCGGCGGGGCGCCCGCGCGAUUGGUCCCCGCGGGGUCAUGUGCCCGCCCCUCUGACGUCAAUGGCGGCAACGGCGGCGGCCGCCGCGGUUUCGGCCUCUCGCGGGCGGAGUCCGCGCGCCGGGCGGGGACUGGGGGAGGCGCGGCCCGACGGGAGGGCGCGAGGGGCUGGGCGGGCGAGCCCGGCAGGCCCGGCCGCCGCGCCCGGUGGGAGGGCGGGGGCGCGGGCGGGCCGCGACUCACGCCGCCGCGCCCCGCCGUGCCCAGCGGGUGCAGACCGGGCGGCCGCGGGCCGGGGCGACCGCCGCCCCGACGGCCCACGCCGGACUCGGAGGGGAGGCAGGGCGCCACGACGGCCCAGGCUGCCCGCCAGGCUGGCCAGAGGGGGCCGCAGGACAGCGGUUUCCUUGGCCUGGGGUGCUCACACCUCCUGGAGAGAGCCCCCGUCCUUCCUUCCGUCCCUGGAGACAGAGCCUCUUCUAGGAACCCAGGACUCACUCUCUUUGCUGUGUUGCAUGACCGAAGGUGGCCACUCCAGGGACCCUCUCUUUGGUCCAGUUCCAAGGGAGUGUCCGAGACAAGCGGUACCAAUGUGGUUGCUGGAGACCGACUGCUAGAGGUGAAAAGGACCGUCAAGUGCAUCAUCAUGAACUGGGCAGUGCCCCCAGGAAGUGUCUUAUCUCCGCUGACAACUACCCCUUUCUCUGUGCUCCCCGAUCCCAAGCAUUUCGUCGCCGUGUUGAUAGUAAUAGCUCAGACUCGUCUAGGGCUCGCCACGUGCCAGCCGCUCUGGGAGGUGAGCACUUUGCACGUAUUGACUCCUCUAAAUGAAUCCUUAUAAAACUUC